UCUCCUCCUCGUCAUUCCAACAAUCAUUGCUCCUCUCUCUCUCUCUCUCUCUAAAAGAAAGAAAACAUCAAAAUCCACAAUUUCGGACAUUAACAUAGAGAACUUAAUCCCCUCUAAAAACCUACACCAUUUUUUUCAUUUCUUGUUUUUUCUCAUAUGGGGGCUAAUGCAUCUUCAAUUGAGACAAAUUCUGAUGAUAGGUUGAAUUGUCUUGCAUUAAAGCCUAAGCUUGAUGAUAUACCAGAGGCAUGUGUUGCUCUUGUGUUAUCUUAUCUUGAUCCACCUCAGAUUUGCAAGUUAGCCGGUAUUAACAGGGCUUUUCGUGCUGCUUCAUAUGCUGAUUUUAUUUGGGAACCCAAUUUGCCCUCUAAUUAUAAGUAUAUUCUUCAAGAAUUGCUUGGCCUGAAAGUUGACGGGCUUUUUAAAAAGGACCUUUUUGCUAAGUUAUCUCGUCCAAAGCCCUUUGAUGGUGGCACAAAGGAAGUAUGGAUUGAUAAGAAUAAUGGUGGGGUUUGUUUGGCGAUUUCAUCUAAAGGAAUGGCAAUUACAGGCAUAGAUGAUCGCAGAUAUUGGAAUCAUAUUCCGACGGAUGAAUCAAGAUUCCAAACUGUAGCUUAUUUACAACAAAUCUGGUGGCUUGAAGUUGAUGGGGACCUCGAGUUCCAAUUCCCAGAAGGGACAUAUAGCCUAUUCUUCAGACUUCAGCUUGGUAAGGUGACAAAGAGGCUCAAUCGUCGAGUCUGUAACUACGAGCACGUUCACGGCUGGGACUUGAAACCUGUCCAGUUUAAGUUAACAACAUCGGAUGGUCAUCGUGCCAUAUCCCGGUGUUAUCUGGACAAUGUAGGAACUUGGGUGCAGCACCAUGUGGGAGAUUUUGUUGUUACGGAUGGCACUCUUCCAACAAAGAUCAAAUUUUCCUUGAAACAGAUAGAUUGCACACAUACAAAAGGUGGUCUGUGUGUUGAUUCUGUGUUAAUAUGCCCUAGUAGCUCAGCUAAACAAUUGAGUUCUUGUUGAUUGCUUUUACAGCCAAAAAUCUUCUUAGGUGGCCAGAAUCUUUUUUUGUUCUUCUUUUUUCUGCCUAGCUGGGGAGGGGAUCAUUUUGUAUAUACUGUAGUUUUUUUUUUUUUUUUUUGAUGACAUGGGAACCCGCAGCCGCUACCCUUCGGGUGCGCACAGGGUAAAUCCAGCUCCGGUGUAAUAGCUCGCAAACCACACAGGAGAGAUAACCCGCACCAGGCAAGCCCAGUGCGACGAGCUCGACCCAGAAGGCAAAUCCCCUGCUGUCGUAGGCAGGGAGUUUCGAACCUAAGACCUCCAUGAUGAAAGCCCCAUGCUCAACCAAUUGAGCCACCCUUGCGGGUAUUGUAGUUUGUUUUCUCCCCCGAAAGUCCCUUCAUUUUUUCUUGUAGUUUCUAUUCAGCGCCUAGAGGUUCAGUUUUUUGUACAUUAGUCCAGGAAAUGUUAUUGGUAGUUGAUUUUGAGCA